AAUCGGGUGGGGCGCGGCGCGGCCGGGCCCGGCCCGGGUCUCUUUCCUGGGGUUCUCUGCCCAGGAUUUUUCCCUAGGCUCUUUGCCAGGACUCUCGGAGGACUCGGCAGCGAGCGCGGGCAGCAAGGCACCUCCGCCAUGUUGAGGGGAGGCACCGCCGGCUGCGGGUUGCAGAAGUUAUUUGUGAAGCCAUUUCAGGAUGAACUGCAGAAAGCAACUUCUGAUUAUGCAACCAGCAAGGAAAGAGGUGAAUAUUCAGAUUACUUUGAAAGUGAUGAAGAUGGCAGGUUUAAUGAUAUCAGGAAAGAACUUACUGAAAGUAAUUCAGGUUCUGCAAGCAGUGAGAGAUCUGUUGCUGGGAGUCCUCUCUUGAAUGAUAAUGCUUUACAAAAAGGUUUGGAAAAUGAAGCUGCUGAUUACUUGAAUUUAUCCUUUCAUGAAAAGAAGCUUCAGCAAAUAAUAGCUUUAGAAGGUGCAAACAUACAGAAUAACAGAAAAGAUGGCAAAGAAGGAUGUUUGGAAGGUCAAAAUGAGGAUAAUGACAGAAAAAAUAAUGAAGAACUACUGUGUGAUAAUAGUGAAAGUGAUGACUUGCCUAUUAAUGAACCUAAUAAAAAAAGAAACCAAGAGGAAAACCAAUCAAAAGCAAAGCCUCAGAUGUGCAAAAAAGGAAAUGCUUCAGCAUCAGAUCCAGAUCAGAAGACUGUCAGCACUAAUGACUUGAAACUGGAGGAGAAUGUUAGGAAAUCCCUUUCUGUUGACGGUUCAGAUGGAAUGCUGAAAAUAACAAAAGGGCAAAUAAUAACUGAUACAAUGCAGGAGGUGUCAGUGAAUGAACUAUCUGAGCAUGGGGAAGCAAAGAACACAUCCAAGAACUCUGUCAAGAAACUAAGUGAAACAAAGGAAAGAGUUCUACAAAACCCAAAGGCUUCUUUAUCUGACAGAUCUACAACUUCUGUGCAUUUAAAGAGAAAGGGGAAAGCUGUUCCAUCAACUUCACCUGUUUCAUCUCACUAUCUGGGAUCAUUAAAGGUGUUGGAAGAUAAAUGCAUGCAGAAGAAAAGUCCAGAAUUCAACAAAGUAGAUAAUUUAAGGGCAGCUGUUUUUCAGAACUGGUUGGAAAAGAAAAAGUUCCUUCUACUAGAACUAAAGAGAAGUGAAAAGGAGAAAGCUGAAAUUCUAAGGAACAAUGCUGAAAAGAAAGAAGCGCUUAAAAGAGAAGAAUCAAUUGCAUGUUAUGAAGCCUGGAAAAAAAAGAAAGAGCAAGAAGCAAAGAAGUUAAGUGGAAAAAAAAAACUUGAGGAACUUGAGGAAAACAAACCAGCAGAACAGAAUAAGGAAAAAGCAGAAGCAGCACAAGUGGCAUUCAAAAAAUGGAAAGAAAGAAAAGUGGAAUAUUUAAGAGAGCAAAGCAGGAAGGAAAAACAGUCUGAAAGAGUGAGGAAGAAGAUAGAAGAGGACCUAGUUGCAGAGAAGAGGAGGGUCAGUGUAUCAGCAGUUGAAAAAUGGAAUGAAAAGAAGGAAGAAUAUAUAAAGAAGAAGAAAGUAGAAAAACUCAUAGAAAAAAGAAAGCGAGAAAUGCAACAGGCAAAGAAGGAAGAAAGAAGUGAAAAGGCUAUGGAGGAAUAUGAAAGAUGGCUGGAAAACAAAAUUAGGAGAAAACAGCUUGAGAAGAACCAAAAGAAGUUGCAGGCCGUCUAUGGGAAUGAAAUGAGUCCUCCCUGGAGGCCACCUGGCAAAGUCACAUAUUCUAGUAGUUACUGAGUAGAUUAUUGUCUUCCAGAAGAACAGAUAGUCUACAAAGUUCUGUCAGUAGCCAGUAACUCUUGUUAUCUGCUCAUUUUCUGAAUGCAUUAUAUGUGUUACAUUCUUUCUUUUAGUUUAUUUUAUCUCUGCAGUUUUAGUAAACCUGUUACGCAUUUGCAUUGCUUUAGAAAAUGUAAUAGUUUUUCAAAUUUCAUAUUUAAAUUAAUUUUGCUAAUUUCCAUGUUAUGUCCCACCUUUUUGGUGAUCCAGGAUACAUAAAGCUGGACUCUGGCUUUUUUUUUCACCCAAUAAUUAGCAGAAUGGUUCUUUUUAGGUUAUUAGACCACACUCUUGAGGAAUUAAUUCUUGAGGAAAUGAUAUGAGGAGGCUAUGGGGUAAGGAUAAUGGGCAAGGAGAUGUUGGCUGUCUUGUGGUGGUAGAUGACAAAAGGUAAAGGCUUUCAUAAGCUCUGAGUCUGGCUCUGGUUUAUGGCAGGCCAGGCAUGUUUUCCAGGAGUAGUGGAGAAAAGAGAAAGAAUCUACUGUCAGCAGAAACUUCGAAGAAGCUGAAAAGAUGCCCAGCUGGAGCAGCUUCAGUGGCCCACCUAAGAGGUAGAGUAAAAUUACAACUAGCAGCAGGAGAGAUGAGGGACUGCAGCUGUGGCAGAAUGCAACAGAAUUGCUAAUUCAGAAGAGGCACAUUCCAGUUUUAUGAGAAAAGACUAAAUUACUUCAGGCCUUCAGAUUGAGGUGAUGGUGUGCAUCAUUGGUUUUCUGGGUUUUUAGCACUUGGAGCCUUGAAUUUGGUUUUAGUCUGUUAAGAAACUCCUCCAACUGUAGUAUCACAGGAGGAUGAAAUUCAUAGCAGGCAUCAGAGUUUAUUGUACAACAGACCUGGAGAGUCUGAGACAAGGCAGCCUGUGAGAAAGGUAUCGUCCAGGUUGUACUUGAGGGAUGGAAAUGAAAAGUGUGGUAGAAUUAGUGGGAGAAAUCAAAAAGAGUGUUCAGGUGUUUUCCUAAAUUGAAUGCUGCAUCCUUACUGACUUAAAACCUUUCUAUAUAACUGGAUAGAAGUUUUGACAGAAGAUAGGAGAAGAUGUUGGUGACAUCUUUCAGAGGAAUGAGGAGUAGCUCACAAAUUUACAACUUCUCAAUUAGGAAAAUAUGCUGAAGUCUAUAGACAAGGGAAAACAGCUGAUAUGUUUAACUUUUAGAAUAAAAUUUGGGGAGCUUUAUUUAAUGUUAUAUUGUAAAAAUUGUUACAUGUUACAGCAUAAAACAAAUGUCAUAGAAGAAUUAAAACAAUAUAAACAUAUGUACAUUAAUGUAUAAGAAAAUACAUAUAUCUGUAUAGAUGCUAUCUAUAUGUUUAUUGAUGACAGAGGGAAAAUAUUUUGUAUUUAAUAAAGUAUAUCUUAAUACAAUA